AUGAAAGGCGCAGUCAGCUUCGGUCUCUUUAGCUCAGCGGUAGCUCUCAACCAUGACAAACUGAACCAAGUUCCACAACAAGCACUACUACAAGAUGCAUGCCCGUCGGAUUCGAUUCUCCGUGAUGGCGAAUGCCUCCUUGCUGCCACAGCACCUUCAGAGAUUACAUACAAAUCCAACAUUACAACCUCGCUUGCCGAGGCACGACUCACAGCAUCGCAACAACCAAACUUCCCAUGGACUUUCUGGCCUGAAUGCUUCUCAAACGAAAACAUUGCGGAUGCGUACUGCUUGUUCAGCGAUCAAAGCUUCGCAAAUGGUCGCGGUAUCUUCAUAGUCACAACAGAGCCGUUGGCAUAUAGUUUGCUUCAAAAACAGGCUUUCCAGAAUCCAGAUUCGUUGUACCGUUCGAAUCAACACGCGAAUCCGCCUUUUGUACAGCACGAUUUCCCGAUCAAAGGUCGUGGCCUGGUCGCAAACACAACGUUAUUCCGUGGCGACCAAAUUUUUGCGUCAACACCACUGUUGAUCACCAAUUCAGGCGCCUACGACUUGAUUGAGUCCGAGCGUCUUGAUCUACUCUAUCGCGGUGUGGAGACUUUGCCCGAGGCCUCUCAAAAGCUGUUCUGGGGACUUUUGGACCAUUUCAAGGGCGACCCCGUCGACGAUAGGAUUUCAACCAACAACUUCGAAGUCACAUUGGAUGAUACCUCGCACGCCGCGUUGAUGCCAGAAAUUGCUAUGAUGAACCAUGACUGUCGGCCGAAUUCCGCUUAUUUCUGGGACGAGGAAACUCUGACACACCAUGUGCAUGCGAUGCGCACGAUUCAGCCUGGCGAAGAGAUUACCAUUUCAUAUGUCGACAGCGAAAGGAAUCGAGAACACCGUAUGAGGCGACUCGAGAACAGCUGGGGUUUCAAGUGCAGCUGCUCGGCUUGCACAGCACACCCGUCCCUGACUGCCGAAUCGGAUGCCAGGCUGGAACAGAUCGCCGAGCUCGUUGGAAAACUCAAUGACUGGACUCCAUCAUCUUCUGCCACACCUGAGAUGGCCGAGGCCGUUGUCAGCAUGUAUGAUCAGGAGCGUCUUUGGGCUUAUCAAGCCACGGCGUACAAACAUGCAGCAGAGGUGUACAGCAGCUUCGGUAACAAGUUCAUGGCUAUUAAGUACGCGAGGUUGAGCGUGGAAUUCAGCAUACUCGACAAGGGUUUCAGCGACGGCGAUGUCCAGGAGAUGAAGAAGAUGGCGCAAGACCCCGGAAUGACCUGGAGCUGGAACAAGAGGGUGGGUCUCAAGAAGGCUGGAUGCGGAUGCGGCAAGGCACAUUAA